AUGUCAGGUGGUGCGAAAAUAGAAGCGACAGGUUCGGGGCGACGCAAACGUCAAGUUCAGCCGACGGCGGCGGUGUUGGAGUUCGUGAAGCGAUUGGAUUCGAUCACAUUAGCCGACCUGAAGCAGGAAUACCACGAAGCCAAAACCUAUAUGCCGGAGAAUCAAAAAAGUGUGGCAUUCAGCGAAAAUCCGCAGAAGAAUCGAUACAGUGACGUGCUUUGCUACGAUGCUACAAGGGUAAGGGGGGGGAGGUUCGGUUUAUAUUGUUUUAGGGAACGGAAUGUUCCUUGUUAUGGGCAAGGUAGGGCGACACGUAUGGGGGAAGGGGUUUUAAAUAAAAUGGCGUUUGGUAUGAGCAGGGAAGGCUAACAUAAGGCCGAGUUUAAAUUUUUGGCUCGGGAAGGACAGGGCAUGACGAUACGAUAAGUAGCCUAUGAGGGUGGUACUUCGUUAUAGGAUACUAUACUAUAUUAUACUAGUGUAUACUAUACAUACUAUAAUUUUCUUUUCAGGUAGUACUGAACCUAGAAGUCCCACCAGAAGGCGACUACAUUCAUGCCAAUUGGGUGAAGCUACCUGACUGUGAGAACAACUUCAUUGCCACCCAAGCCCCGAUGGAGAAGACGGCUUCCGACUUUUGGCGAAUGGUCUUUCAAGAGAACGUACAAACCAUACUCAUGUUCUGUAAAUGUGAAGAGAAUGGGAAACAAAAGUGUUACCCAUACUGGCCGAUGGAGGAGGGAAAGUACUUUAACUACGGCAUUAUGUUCGUGAACAACAAAAAGGUAGGUCAUACUGUAAAGGUACUCUACAUUAUGUUUAUUUUAGUUUUACUGUAGCUCUGGCUAGGCUAGUCUUUUUGUAUUUUUAGUGUAUUCAUACUGUAGCCAUUUUAUAUUGUAGUACUGCCCUUCCAUACGAUAGCUUUUUUCUGCUGUACUGUAGCCUUGACAGAUCUUGCUAUAUCUUGCUUUAUCAAUUUCUAACAUUAACUUUUCUCUACAAUUACUGUAACAUAAGUUUAGGUUAUAAAAGACCCAAAGAACGAAACAGUGACAUAUUUACUAGAGGUCCUUCCAGACGGCUGUUCCAAUUCGAAUAUUGUUAAGUUGGUUCAGAUGUUGGACUGGCCAGAUAAUGGCGUACCAAAAAAUGCUGCUAGCGUUGUCAAAUUGCUCCAUUCAAUCAAAAGAGUAAGUUGUUUUAGAUUUUUACAAAAUUUUAAAUUUAAAAUUUUUUAAAAUUUGAUAUUUGUUUUGCGGAAAAUGGAAAAAGGUAUUGCAAGGUAGUAAGAUGUUAAAUAUAAAGGUUUAUUGCUGAAAAAUAAUUUUUUUAGGUAAAAGACCCAUGUGUUGUGCACUGUGCAGCUGGAAUUGGUCGAACGGGUACGGUACUUAUGGCUGCGUUUGCUAUUGCCAGAAUGCUCAAAAACAAAGAAGUAAAUGUAAGCUCUACCUUACUCCACCCUACCCUACCCUUCCCUACCCUACCCUACCCUACUCUACCCUACCCUACCCUACCCUACCCUACCCUACCCUACCCUACCCUACCCUACCCUACCCUACUCUACCCUACCCUACUCUACCCUACCCUACUCUACUCUACUCUGCUCUACCCUACCCUACCCUACCCUACCCUACCUUACCCUAUUCUAUCAUACUCUAUCUACCGCCUAUAUUUUUUAAAUUUCAAUUUUUAGAUGAGAAAGCUGAUGGGUCAAAUCCGCGACCGUCGUGCUCUGAGUGUCCAGACCGAGAAUCAGUACAUUUUUGCUCACGUCAUCAUCUGUGCCUAUUUCACUUUUAAAUUCAGGAGUCCCCAGUUCCAAUGUCUCAGGUUCUACGACGAAUUCCUCACUUCCAUCUACGCUUCACUCGAGCACUGA